AUGGCAUACGCAACCUCUCUUCUAUUGUUUUCUUUGGUUCUAGCCAUUUAUACUUCAACAUUGCAAGCUCACCCGCUAGACUACAAGCCCAAAAAAACAAAGAAAACCAUUCCAACUCAUCUUCCAACAUAUACUCAGCCCCAGAAGAAGAUCACCAUGAACAUUAUAGACUCUUGCUGGAGAUCAAACCAGAAUUGGGCUUCCGACCGCGAAGCAUUAGCCGACUGCGCGAUAGGGUUUGGCAAAGGUGCAGUGGGAGGGAGGUAUGGCAAAGUAUAUGUGGUCACUGACUCCACUGAUGAUCCAGUAGAUCCCAAACCAGGCACACUUAGGUAUGGUGCAAUACAAUCAGAACCACUUUGGAUAAUUUUCGAGAAUGACAUGGUUCUUAAGCUCGGGAAUGAGCUCAUGGUGAAUAGUUUCAAGACCAUUGAUGGGAGAGGAGUCAAAGUUGAGAUAGCAAAUGGACCAUGCAUUACUUUGGAAGGUGUGAGCCAUGUCAUUAUACAUGGGAUUAGCAUUCAUGACUGCAAGCCAGGGAAAGCAGGCCUUGUUCGAAGCAGUCCGGAGCACGUUGGUCACAGGCUUGGCGCGGAUGGAGAUGGCAUCAGUGUGUUUGCAUCUUCAAAUAUUUGGAUUGAUCAUUGCUUUCUUGCUCGCUGCACCGAUGGCCUCAUUGACAUCAUCCAUGCCUCCACUGCCAUCACUGUUUCCAACAAUUACUUCACCCAACAUGACAAGGUGAUGCUGCUUGGACAUCAAGAUGGCUAUACUGCAGAUAAAAUAAUGAAAGUGACGGUGGUUUUUAACCGCUUUGGCGCUGGUCUAGUUCAGAGGAUGCCAAGGGUUAGGUAUGGUUAUGCUCAUGUCGCAAACAAUAGGUACGAUGAGUGGCUAAUGUAUGCCAUUGGCGGGAGUGCUGAUCCAACUAUAUUGAGUGAAGGAAACUACUUCAUGGCUUCAGACAAUCCUGAUGCCAAACAGGUUACAAAGAGAGAGAGUGAUGAGGAAUGGAAGGAUUGGAAAUGGAGGUCUUCGAAGGAUGUAUUUGGGAAUGGAGCUUAUUUUGUUCAAUCUGGAUGGGGAAGCUGUGCUCCACUUUACUCAAAAUCUCAAUUGUUCAUGGUUGCUCAGGGAUCUUUAGUUCCCACUUUGACUUCUGAUGCUGGUCCUCUUCAAUGUGUUUCUACCAAACCAUGUUGAUUCAUCUAAUAUUUGAUCUAUUCUUCUUUUGUAUGUUUUUUUUUCCCCGUCUUUUUCAAUUUGAGGGUUUAAUUUGGUUAGGCUGUGCUUUUUUUUUCCAAAGCAUGCUACUAAAUGUUUUCAUAUUUUCCGUUAUGUAUCUUCUUCUUUUUUAUCUUCAGCUUUCAUCUUAAGAAUAUAUUUAGAAAAUGAGAAGUGGAUUCCACAUGAUGGGUUUGAUUCGUGGGAAGUCCUUCAAGAGAGGGCUUUUAAAAUUGUUUUUUUUUUUUAAUAUAUUUAUUUAAAUUAGAAAAAGAGAGUUCGCCAAAUGGAUAUUGAAACUUAUAUACCAUAUAUACAAAUUAUUAUUAUUUUUAAGUGAAAGUAUUGGUAAAUUUAAGAUUCUUUUUUAAGAAGAUA